CUAAGGAGUUGCUUACUAACAAAUAUGUUGCGGAAGUAAUAAACUCACAAAGACAGGUGUAUUUACUAUGUGUUAAUAUGACAUUUACAAGUCUUUGAUGAGGUAUGGUAUUUAGCGAGCUUAGUUGAAAUGAAGGACAUUUUGUAUUUGUACACGAUACAUGGAACAAAAACAAAUAGAAUUAUGUGAUGUUUGCAACAACUGUGCAGGGUUAAAAUAACAGAGUGGUAAUGGAAUACGAAUAGUAACAUAUACUCAUAAACAUCGAAGCGUGGUAACUAUGGAGAUUGCUAAAGCGAGCUUCUGGUCUGUUGUUGACACCUUUUGGGACGCGAUUGACGGUAUCGUAUAUCGAGGCUCAAAACAGGAAAUCCGAGAUGCAAUCCGAUGCGGCAAUACAGAAGAAGUCAUUCAUUUUAUAGAUAAAUUCAACAGCGAACAGGUCGUUCGAGAUUCCAUCUGUUGCUGUAUAGAAAUGGGAAAUACAGAAAUGCUUCAAUGUAUUUUACAGAGAGUAGAUGAUUCAGGAGGCAAAGAAAGGAUGAUCCUCACAAAGCAAUGCAAAGACAAUCAUUCUCCGUUACACAUUGCCUGCAAGUUAGGAAACCAAGAGGCUACGUCAUUCCUUCUUCAUUACGGCUUCCUCGUUAACACUGUCAACCAGUCGAAGCAGACGCCAUUAUGGGUAGCCAUAUCAAAGGGAAAUCACUCUGUAUCUGAAAUACUUCUAGCAAAUAUUGAAAUUGAUGUAAAUAUUUACGUGAAACAAUCAGUAAAAGGAACUAGGGAAACCCAGAAUAUAACGAUUUUACUUCAGGCAGCCAUAAUUGACGACAUGAAAUCGGUUAUUGCAAUUUGCCAUCGCAAUCCAGAUACGAACGUUGAAGAUGCUACGGGGAGAACGGCUUUACAUUAUACAAGUUGUAACGGAAGAACAGAUGGUGUUCUCACCUUACUGCAUUGUGGGUCUGAUAUAAAUAAACUCAGCAAAGAUUUAGAAUCUCCUUUGUACUUAGCAUGCCAAAAUGGCCAUACUGAUGUUGCAAGAUUGUUACUUGAAUCAGGAGCGGUUAUCAAUAAAACAGAAAAACGAAAUGAAACCAUAUCACAGCUAACGUGUCAAAAAUAUCCAUUGAUAACUGCGAUCGAAAACCGUCACACCAACAUCGUGUCUUUGUUAAUUUCGCACGGUGUCGACAUCAACCUUAUUCUUUUAAAUGACAGGAGACCAUUGCAUAUCGCCUGUAGUGCGGGGACAUUAGAAACAGUGAAGGUCAUAAUAAAGUCAGGUGGAGAUGUUAAUAUCAAAGAUUCAUUUGGACAGACUCCACUUUUCUAUUGUUUAAGAAGUGGGAUGUUUCAAAUUGUUGUGCGAUUUUGCCGAAUAAAUAAUAUAUAUAGUAACUUUGAUCAAAAACAUAAAAUCGAUGAAUAUUUAAAAGUUUUAAGAGAAGGAAACAAAAUUAUGGAAUAUCUUUUAAAGUGUGGUGCAAUCGUCAACUGUAAAGAUAUUCAUGGAUUAUCUCCUUUAGAUUAUGGAAUGAGGACACAUCGGCAUAUCUCAACUUGUAUUUUGUUGAAAUAUGGUUGCAAAAUAGAUCGGAAAUAUUAUGAGGAAACAUCAUGGCUUAUAAAUGAAACAUAUAAUUAUGAAUCAACAAAUUUAUUCUUUUUGUAUAUCUUAAUUAAACAUGAACUAAAAUUCAGAAAUGUACUACCGUUAAAUAUAGAAAGAUCGAACAUCAUAACUGGAACCAGCACAAAAGAUUUUAUAUUUGAAGAGUUCAGGAAACCAGCAUCACUGAAAGAUCAGACCAGAAUUAUUAUACGAAAUACAAUACACGCCAUCACAGGAAAAGAGUUUGAAUCGAACAUUCACGGCCUUCCUUUACCAAAGACACUUAAAGCUUUCCUUAUGUACUGUGAAAUUGAACCAAUGUUAAAUAUCCAAGACGAAAUUCUGUGAACAUAUUAAACUAUAACCUCCUUAUCUAUAAUUGAAGAUUUGAGUACUCUUUACUGUUGGCUCUUACAAGAAAGCCUAUCAUAGAGGUCACACGAUUUAUAUGAAAUGUUUCUGUGGUAUCGCGUGGUCUACAGUAAAAUUGCAUUAACUCUAUCUCUAUCACGAUGCUUGGAUAGACGUUUUUCCUUUGAAAAACUUGCUAUUUUAAAUUUACAUUAAUAAAAGUAUUUAAAUAA